CAAUCUGAUCUGAGAUGCUGAAUGGGAAAUUCUUGUUUUCCCCCUCAGAAUGCUACUCAAAACGAGGCUAAUGGUGAAGAAGAAGAAGACGACCACAAAAUACUUGUCCUUGUGGAUUCUCCAACCCUCCAAGACUUGUAUCUUGAUACUGCAGUACAACCACCAUUUCAGCUUCCUGAUGAAUCCAGCAACAAGGAAACGUUAACCCAUCCUGCAAUAUUGCCUUCUUCCCUCGCCCUCCUCAAACGCUUUGGCAGAAGAUUCAGUAAACUAAAGACGAAUCCCAGACGUAAAAGAGCAGAAGAUGAAUCGAAGAAGUUCUCCACCGAUGCAAUAUUACGCUUGGCUGGGCAUAACUUCAUCCAAUCAUUUUCCCAUCCGGAUAGCACUGCUUCUAAUUCAUUCUUGGGACUACUUUCGGAGCAAGAUCGUAAAGAUAUGGAGCUGGUAGGAUAUCUUCUUGCCGCUGCGGAGAAAGUGGGGCAAGCCGACUAUGAUUCUGCAGAAAAGAUACUCACCAGAUGCGAUGAACUGAGCUCCCAUCAGGGAAAUUCUGUGGAGAGGCUAGUCCACUAUUUCAACCAAUCUCUAUGGGAGAAAAUAUUUUGCCAAACAGAAAAGGGUUGGGGAAAGAAGUAUGAUGAAGAAGAAGAUCUUGAAGAAGCACUCAAGAGCCUAGUGCCCUGCAUCAUUGCUUUCCAUGAAAAGGUACCCAUCUCUCAGGUCUUCCAAUUUACCAGCAUUCAAACGGUGAUAGAACACGUAGCGGACGCAAGAAAGGUGCACAUCAUUGACCUUGAGAUUAGGAGUGGGGUUCAGUGGACAAUUCUGAUGCAAAGCUUUGCCGAAUCCCCCCGCCCGGAGCAUCUAAAGAUUACUGCUCUUCAGGCAAAUAAACACCAGCCCAAGAUUGAGGAGGAGACGACGGGCAUGAGAUUAAGGAGCUUUGCCCAGUCCUUAAACUUGUGUUUUUCGUUUAACGUAGUGGCUUUAGAGGACCUGCUAAAUGGUAAGGAAAGUAGCCUCUCUGGGUUUCAACCAGAUGGCGAAGAAGAAGAAGAAGAAGCAGUGGUUGUAUACGCAAAUUGCUUUUUCACAACAAUGAUUUCAAAGCAGGAAAAAAUGGAGUCUUUGAUGAGGGUGAUCAAAAGCAUGAACCCCAGAGUGAUGUUCCUGACAGAAGUGGAAGCAAACAUGAAUUCCGUGGGGUUUGGGAUGAAGGAGAUGGAACUAAGCAUGUCGUCUGUGUACCAAGCAAGUCUGGUGUUGAAGAGAUUUGAUGGGAAGAGUUGCACGCUUGACAUGGAUGGGAAGGCCUUGACUGUUGGGUGGAAAGGAACUCCUCUUCUCUCACUCUCUGCUUGGAAAUUUCUUUAGGUCUUAUGACCAUCUUCCUGCACAUUUAGAUGAUGAAGAUCGACGGCUAUGAUUUCUUCAACUAGAUAACAUAUUUAGAGAAAGAGUAGCAAUUCUGGGUAUUAGGAAUAAAGUCUAAUUUAGAUUUUAAUGAUUUAUAAAGUAAUUAAAAUUAAAGU